GCCCGCUCUGCCGGGCCGGGGGCCCAGCGCAUCCCGCCGCUCCCCUCCUCUCCUCGUGUGCUUUUUUGUUUUGUUUUGUUUUGUUUUGUUUUUUUCAUUUUUUUUUCUCCCCUAAGUCUUGAAGUUGAGUUUUAGAGGCGACACGGCGGCUUCAGCCGAUUUCUUCCCCUUCCUUUGCCUCCCCAUGGAUAUGCACUGCAAAGCAGACCCCUUCUCAGCAAUGCACCGGCACGGGGGUGUGAACCAGCUCGGGGGGGUGUUUGUGAACGGCAGGCCCCUACCUGACGUGGUGAGACAAAGGAUAGUGGAGCUGGCUCACCAGGGGGUGCGACCCUGUGACAUUUCCAGGCAGCUGCGGGUCAGCCACGGUUGUGUCAGCAAGAUCUUGGGCAGGAUCAUCAGAACCAAAGUUCAGCAACCUUUUCACCCAACACCAGAUGGGAGUGGGACAGGUGUGACUGCACCAGGACAUACUAUUGUGCCCAGCACAGCAUCCCCUCCUGUCUCCAGUGCCUCCAAUGAUCCAGUGGGCUCUUACUCCAUUAACGGGAUCCUGGGGAUUCCUCGGUCGAAUGGCGAGAAGAGGAAACGUGAUGAAGAUGUAUCCGAGGGCUCAGUUCCCAAUGGAGAUUCCCAGAGCAGCGUGGACAGUUUGCGGAAGCACCUUCGUGGCGACACUUUCACCCAGCAGCAGCUGGAAGCUUUAGAUCGAGUUUUUGAGCGUCCUUCUUACCCUGACGUCUUUCAAACAUCAGAGCACAUCAAAUCUGAGCAGGGUAAUGAGUACUCCCUCCCAGCUCUGACCCCUGGUCUCGAUGAAGUCAAAUCAAGUCUAUCCACCUCUGCUAACCCAGACCUGGGGACAAAUGUGUCAGGACCCCAGACGUACCCUGUGGUGACCGAAAACCUCUCCUCUCCCCUCAGUAUAAAGCAAGAGCCUCAUGGAGCCUCUCUCACCCCUUUCACCCCCACCACGCCGGUCGGCUCUGGGCAGGCUGAUCUUCAGCCCUUCCACAUGGCCCUUUCAGACGAUGCGUCCACGCCUUGCUACAGUGCCUUCCUUCAUCAUGGUGCCCACUUUGGGCAGUCCAGCAGCCAGCCUCUGAUAGCAGGUCGUGAUAUGGCAAGCACCACCUUGCCUGGCUACCCACCCCAUGUUCCCCCAACUGGACAAGGCAGCUACCCAACAUCAACUCUUGCAGGAAUGGUUCCUGGGAGCGAGUUCUCAGGGAAUCCCUACAGCCACCCUCAGUACACGACCUACAAUGAGGCCUGGCGGUUCAGCAACCCUGCAUUACUAAGUUCCCCUUAUUAUUAUAGUGCCACAUCCCGGGGCUCCGCACCUCCCACUGCUGCCGCUGCCUAUGACCGCCACUAGUUACCAUGGAAACCACAUGAAACUGCAGGGCGACAGCUUAGGCCUCCACAUUGUACCUGUCUGAUCACCUCCCUCCAUCCCUGGGAAGGGUGAAGAGACCUUCUCCGUUCCUCCCCACAGUCCAGUUCCUUCCUCUUCGCCACGAAGGCGCCGGACCGAGCACUCACCACACGAGACUGAGACCCCUUCAUUCCCCCUGCCCCCCGCCCCCGCGGAAACAGCCUGCGCCAAGUGGCUUCCCCUGCAGGAGCCCUCCAACACCUCUGGGUAAAGCUCAGCCAUGCCAAGUCCCCUCAGCUUCCAGGACUCCAGGGCACUGGGAAGCAAUGCAGCUGGCAACCAUUGCCUUACAGGACCCCUUUCUGGGAGUGGUAAGGGCCAGGGAAGCAGGGGAGAACGCCGCUUGUGAAACACUGUUCCCCAAAGAUAUACUCUUCUGUGGUGGACUCUUUAUGUAACCUGUGAUGCUCACCCUCUUUCCCUGGACAGAGGGAACAGUCUGGCUAGAGCAAAGAUGGCAGCACCUGGCCCAUCUGGCAAAUGAAGAAAGGACCAAGUAAAGAUCUGCACCCCAUGAGGGGUUCUCUGUGCACCUCAUCCCCACUUUCCAGCAUGGAUUCCCCCAGAGUUGGCUGCACCUCACGGGUGGUGACUUUGCAGGCCAGAGUUGGGAGGAACCUCACACAUACACCCACAAUUUCUGUGACACACAAUCAGCUCAGACAGGAGGAUGGAGCAACAUUUACAAACAAACCAACGAAAUGAAGAAAUAUAUAAAUAGAUAUAUAAAUAUAACUGUGUUUUUAUGCUUUGUCAUGAAGGUCUGUAAAAAGGAACAAAAAAAUCCCCAAUUUUCUAAAAAACCCAAGCAAACAAAACCAACAAAAAAACCAAAAUAAUAAUUAAAAAACCCUACAAAAAUAAAACUCCAAGUCCCAUCCCUCCCCACCACCUGAAUGGCAGACAGAGUUCCUCUGACGUUUGAUGCUCCUCUUUCACUCUAGGGUUUUGUUUCCUUUCUGUUUUGCACUACAAUGGGAUGAUGGUAUUGGAGAGGAUUGGAUGCCAGCUCCACCCGGUCGCCUCCUCCUCCCCCUCCUUUCCCAAAUCCUGUCUCUGGGGAGCAGUAUGGACAAGUCACAUCUGACAAAGUUACCAAAUGCAUCAGUCGACAAAAAAAAAAAAGCACUCUGAGGCAACAAACGUUUUCCAUGUCACUGGUUGGCAAACAAAGAAAACAAGCCCAGCUGCGCUCUCACUGCGCUGAGUGGUGGAAAGUGUGGGGCUUCAUGUGGGCCCAUGUGAUUGCCCUCUGGACAGCUGAGACUGAGAUGGACAAAUUCAGGAUUGGCUGGGAUAAUUGCUUGGUUCCCUAGUCCUUAGCCUUCAGUCCUUUUACCUUAAACUCUGUACCUGUGAUGACUUCAAUUCACCCGCAUCCCAACUUUUGCAAUUUUAGAUAUGCCCAACACCCAUUCUCCAGAUCUCCACUGCUGGUGACAACCAUGCCAUUGUCUGUGCCCAACACCUAAUUUUCUAACCAUUACAGCCCUGCUAUAUGGGCCCCCCCUUUGAUUCCCCACCCAUCUGCUCAUACACCUACUAAUUUAUAGGCCUCCAUUCAAAUCCAUAUGCUUGCAUCCUACCAGCCAGACCCAAUAUACAGUCCCAUCUUUUCAUCUUCAAUCCUGUAUUGUGCACCCUAAUAUCUACCCCUUAUCCCAAAUGCUCACCUGAUGAUUCUCAAGGGAUUCUCUGCUCAUUUUGGUUCACAACUGACGGACAAACACUGUUCUGCAAAGGCUGAAUGUCAACAGAAAUGCUUAUUAUCCUGUAUUGUCAGCAAACUCAUAAACUGUUUCUUGCACUGACACUUCCUCAAAAUUAGUCAAAGAAAACAUGAAGGCAGCUAUAGCCUGUCCCCAGGGCACCAAGUCUGCCAAAGUAGAUCCUUGUUGUUUUAGAGAGGUUUCAGAUAAAACUCAUGGGCUAUUGUCCAUGGACAAAGACAGGAUUGAGAAUAAAACCCCCAAAGGGCAUAAAAGUGAACAGUGGAGCAAUCUCUACAGCCAACAUCAUGUAUAAAAUCCAAAGUUCCAAGCCUCUGAGGAGAUGUGGUAGUGGACUUGGUAUUCUGUCUCCAAGUUUAACUUGUAUGUAUGAAAUCCACCUUCAGUAAACAGCUGUGUUGAUCCCAAAGGCCCCUUUUACUUAACUUUUUCAGCCGCUGCAUGGCUUUAGCUGAUUAUAGGUCUGUGUCUUCUUUAAUGGGGUGCCCAAAUGAAUAAGGGUGUUUGGGGGGACAUUUACAUAGAAGAUAUAGAGCUAAAAUCUGUUCCUGUACAGAAUAAAAUCCAAGAGGUAACUUCUGAUCUAUUAAAAGUGUCAUUCUGCACAUCUUACCUCUGAGUAACCUGCUUCAUAUAGCGGAGUGAUUACACUAUCACCACAACCAGAAUUUGGCCUGUUGUCUGAUCUUACUCUGUGAGAGAAGAAAAUUCUGUUCAAUUUCUAAACAAAUGCUUUCACCACUCCUUCUGUUUUCCUUCACAGACACCAGAUAGAUGCUGAACCCUGUUAGAAUGAUCUCUCUUUUAGCCUCUCAGUACAACCUCUGCUCUACUUGUGCACCAUACAGAUUCACUCAGGAGGUAGUGCACAGGCAAGAAACCCCAGAAUCAGCGAAGAGAAGCUCCUGAGGAAGCUAGAGAAAAGGAGUGUCACAACUCACACUUGGCCACCUGCAGCCCAGGGCCCAGGUUGAGAGAAGCCAGAAGCUCAGAAAUGCUUAUUUUUCUAAUGGUGUUUCACUAAACUUGCGGACAUGAGCUAGAGUCUGAAAGCAGAAUUUAGUUGUCUCACUCAUGGCUGGCUUGAUUUGACUCUUGGAAGGCCAAAUCUAUUGCUGGUUUAACUCCACUGGUAAAAGAGGAUUUCCACCAGGCAUUGGAUUGGUCUGGAAAGUUCAUAAGUACAGCAUGUAGUUUGACCAGGAAAAUACAAAGAAAAGCAGAAUUAUGCAAAGGACUGGGCAGUCUAAUCCUCUUCCACCACCAUCUGUAGACCCUCAUGCGAAUGUACUGAAUUACAUUUGCCAAAGAGUUUCUUGUGUUGGUUGUUUUGAUUUACAGUCGGUGGAUGCAUUGUAAAGCAGUAUUAUAGCCCAAGUCUAGUAGCUGACAUGGGGAUUUAUGUGGUGAUAUUAUGCAGAAGAAAACCAUCAAUAUUCAUCUAGAUUCCAUUAGACUGGACUAUGCAGGAAACGCAAAAAUUCUACCAAUUAUUUAAUAUUAUGUUAUUUGCAAAAAACAAUUGCUGCUUUGUAGGAAGAUAAUGUGUGUAAUGUGAAGGCAAUUCCUCUUGUAUAUAAGUUCAUCUCCAUCUUCAUCAUGGUAGUUAUUAAAACAGCCUCGUCUCAUCCUGUAGAUAAGGAACACGCUGUGUGUACUGUGCAAGUCUCGUUGUGCUCACUGAAAACAAAACAAUGUGUUCAAUAAAGCACAGCACAAACCCAGAACUUGAGGGAACAGCCAAACCUUGUAAGGACCCUUUCCUCAACAGGCCAACAGCUGCUUUGCUAUAGGUAGGGGGUUUUAAUUAUUUUCCUUUUAAAAAUGUUACAGGAAAAAGAACAAGGAUUGGAGGAAGAAAACAUUAUGCAAAAUCCAGUGAAGCCUAUAACACAAACCUCUCCUCCAUUCUGCUGAAUUUUACCUUUCUCACAUUUCUUUCUCAUACUCUCUUUCCAAUCAAUUUCUCUUUUAUUAUUUUUCAUUCCCAAUGCGCUUUUCUAUCCAGGGAGAGAAGAGCAUUACUGAUAUAAGAACAGGUUUCUGGGAUCUUAAACAUCCUAGUUCUCCUUGUGGGUCUAGAAAACCUUUGUCAACUCCAACUUCCCCAAACACCUCAAUUCCAACACUGUCAAAUGGGAAUAACAACAGUUUCUAGUUCACAGGGGGAUUGCACAGCUGAAUUAAUUAGCACUGGCUCAGUGCUUUGAGAUUCUGGAUAGAAAAUUAUAUCAAAAUUUUAAGCAUUAUUGUGAAUAAUAAUUAAUGUUUCCAUGACAUUUCUGUUUUUCUUUUUCACACAAAUCAUUCUUUGUUUCUUUAUUCUUCUUCCUUAGCUCUCCCUUCACUUCUUUUUCCUCAGGUCAUUCUUAAAUCUGUUGCUAUGUUUGGUUUAGCUAAUGGACCAAGCAGAAAUGUUGUGAGACUGGGUCUCCUCCAUCUCUACUCGAUCAUGGGGGAAGAAUCUCACAAAAUCUCAAAUGCUGUGCUUGGCUGGAAACAACAGGGACCAUGGCAUUCCAAACUGGGCAGUACCUUUGAGUCCUGCCCUCUGAAGCUCUCAUCCCUUUGGCCCAAAGGGAUGUGGGGAGGAUUGCAUGAGGUGGAUGCAGUAAAGCUGACACUUGUGGCCUGUAAAUCUGUUGGGGAGGGUUGGUGGCAAUGAGCCCUGCUGUGGAAACAGGGAGAAGUUUGCAUGCUGUCUUACCCAUCAGUAGUGAUGAAUCAAAUUCAGAGUAAGACUUUGGAAUUAAUCACAACAUAAAUGUGAGGAUGUUAAACAAGAAAAGGAAAGCAAAAAGCCCUGCACCUCUUUCUUCUCUUGAAUAUAAUUUUAUAUAUACUUAUUAACAUUUUCCUAAAGGAAUUUUUGUUUUGCUGAACUGUUGGAAAAACUCUACCCUUUUGUCCCCAAGGAAAAGUACCCCUCUAGAAAAAGAAAUAAGAAUCAUUGCUGAGCUGCCCCCUUUGGCACUGAGAGAGUGAGGGCUUCUGAGGGACCCACAAAUACCCACAAGAGUGCUCCUUGGCUGAGCCCAGGAUGGUGGUAAACUUGCAAACUAGGAAGGAGGGACCAAACCAAUAAUUACAGAACUGAUAACAAAUGUAACUGUGGAGCAGCUCUGCUGAUGAUCUCCAGGCUAAGCCAGAUGUGAGACCAGGGAGGGAGGGGGCCAGUGCCAGGUGCAGGGUCACAUCCAUUCUAAGCUUCUGCAGCCCUUCUUGGCUUUUCCUCAUCACUUCAGUUCUGUUUGACUCUUUUCUUUUCUCUUUUUGUGCACAUGAGAAAUAAAAGCAAAUUUUUUUUUCUAUGUCAUUUUUGUGGCUUCUGGCUUGUUUCUCUUCCCCUCUCCUUCUUUCUCUCUCUUCCUCCACUCCCACAACACUUCACUCUCCAAUAGAUUCGCCUGGAGGUCUCUGGGAAGUUACAUUUGUUGCACCUGGCACCCUUUGGGCACCGUGUAAACAACAUUAUGAUUGUUAACAUCCACCACGCUGCGUGAUGGACGGCACUGCACACGCCUGCAACACCCUACAGCACAAUCCAGCCUCUGAGCCCCCAGCAGCCACCACACGCUCCCGUGCAUUGCCAGCAGGACUCCCUCUUCUAUUGAUCUCACUCAAUUGAUUCCCAAUGAUCCAUAACACAUCAGGUACCCCCAGGUAGUUCGAAAAAUCAAAAUGCUAUUGGGUAGCCACAACAUCAGAAAGAUGUGGAGUGAAACGCAGAGCCUCCUCCCCCUUUAAUCCCAUUCCUCAUAGCCCAACUGGGAGACUCUGUCUAGAUGAACUGGGGAACAAAACCCAAUGUAAAGUCAUAAAUUACCCAUUCUCCAAGCUAUUCGUCAUCCACCUAACAAAAGCUGGGCAUUAUAUUCUGGUAUGCUAUAAACAUAACAAAUACUGAGGUAUUCAGUCAAUUCCUCCUCAGUUAAGCAUUAGUUCUCCAGGAAGUCCUGUACAGUAUAAGGUCGUAGAGGUGGACUAAAAAUGUAGCAAGAAGUCAGACUAGGCCAAACCCAUUUUGCUCCUACAAUUUUUAGUAAUUAUAAAAUAUUUUCAUAACUCCUCAUAAAAGCCAGUGGGCCCCAUUUUCUGCCAGUGCAUGUGUAUCUUAAGGCAAGUCUGCCCUAAGUGCUGUCAUGAAAUCAAAUAGUUUUGCUCAUCAGAGAGUUAAAUUGCCUUUUGUUUAUUUUCUAUUUUUCCCUUCCAGUAUUAAUAGCAUAGGCUGAAAAUCCCCCAACAAGACAUUUUCUGUAAGUGAAAGUCAAUUCAUUGAAAUCCAGACAGACUGUAAAAGCAAUUCAGUUUUGACAACACUGCAGCAAAACUGCCUGGCAACUGUCCUGAAGUUGGAGGCCUCAAGUUGCCAGGGUUUGCUGCCUGCGAGAGACAGGCCUGGGAUGUGAUGUAGGGAUAGGCUUGCACUCAAAAUUGGAAUAAAACUGGAUUCCCCAAUUCAGACACUUUUUAUGCAUCAGAAUUCUCUUUCUCUACCAAAGUUUCAGUGAUAAGAAUCAAAAAGAAAAUUGAUAGAUGAAUCCUAGAUGUUAAAUUGACUGGAAUAAAAGGAAAUUAUUAAUGUACAUUCGCUGUCAGAGGUAAAAGACAGGCUAAGAAUCACCAGAUAGAUGUGUCAGACAAACGCAAAAUGGAUUUUCAAAAUUCAUCCUGGUAAAAUAAUCUUAUAAGAAUGAUUUAGAAACUAGCAUGAUUAUCUCAUUUGUACCACAAAAUACAGUCCAGAGAUCUUUGCCCUGACAUUCCUGUGUAAGUCUCCAUAACUGGCAGUAGAACUACAGCAAAACUUUUGCAACUUUCAAGAACUUAUAUAUCUUGCAAAAAUAAAUACUUGCAUGAAAGAGCUAUUUCCACCAUUCAGACUAGUAUUAUGUUCCUUUAAUAAUUCUGCAUAGUCAAUGGGAGUUUUCUCAGUGUGAAAAUGUUAUGUGAUAAAACUAAAAAGAGCACCACAGUCUGUCUCCUAAUGAGGAAAAUGAUAUUGUGAAGGUUUAUACAACACUAAGUAAAGAAAUCCUCUUUAUGAUUACUCUGACAAGAAAAAUAAAGAAAAGAUUGAACAUUC